AAUUUAAUUUUUUUUUACAGAUGCCUAUUAAUGGAUUCUUAAUUUUUUCACUCUGUUAUUUAUACUUUUCUUCAUUAGCUUUUUGUAAAGAUUGUCCGAAAGAAUGGGUUUCGCACAGAGAGUCUUGUUACAAAUUCAUACGUUCGCCCCUGAAUGCUUUCGAGUCCGCUCGAUCCAAGUGCCGAACUUACAAUUCCGACCUGGUGUCUGUGAAUUCUUUCAUGGAGCACGAAUUCAUUUCGAGCUGGCUAAAGGAACAUGAUCCCCAGCACUACAGAUGGUACACGAGUGGCAUUAGCGAUGACGACAAUUCUUGGAUUUGGGAAGGUGAUAAUACUAAAUUUAGCAACAUCGAUUUACUUUUGAAUCCUUUAAAUGAAUUGGGUUAUGGAAGACGCGUGGUUUAUAAUUAUUCUACUUCUGCAAACAAAUGGGGAUUGAGCAGAGUCCUUCCACAAGAAGAAUUACCUUAUAUUUGUGAAAUUCCUUUAGAAGACCUUGAUAAUAUAAUUCUUAUGGAGAGAGAUAUCAGUUACGGUGUAUUAGUCACCGACGAAGAGAAAGUGCCAAGGGGUCCGUAUUUUAUCGAAGAACCCAAAUCUGUAAUAUUUGCUCAAAGUGAUAGAGAUAACGUGGCCACAUUGAGGUGCGUCGCCAAGGGUUAUCCACCGCCUACUUACAUUUGGUAUCAGGUAGAAUAUCAUCACGAUGAAAUGGUCAGUAAAAAAAUUGACCCCCUCUCUGAUUAUCGAUAUACACAGACCGAUGGAAUUCUGAUGAUUCUCGAUCCGGAUCAGUCUACCGACAAAGGAAAAUAUUAUUGCUCUGCCACGAAUAAAUUUGGUACCAUAAUUAGUCAAAUUGUGUCUUUGGAUUUUGGAACCAUUCCGGAAUUUAACAGGAAGAGAUCGGCGGAAUAUGGAAAAGAAAACUGGGGAAAAUCGAUAUCCUGCGAUCCGCCUCAAGUCUAUCCACGUGUAAAUUAUUAUUGGAAUAGAAAUAAGUUUCCGAAUUUUGUGGAAGAAGAUCAGAGAGUUUUUGCAUCAUUUGACGGAAAUUUAUACUUUUCUUCACUGGAGAAAACAGAUCAGGCCAAUUAUUCUUGUGCCGUUCAGAGUGUAAUAGCUCCAGCUGGGCGUACAGGACCAUUUUUCCAACUGAUAGUUGGCCCCGCAUCUAGCGGACAGAAACUGCAAUUUCCCAAUACUUUUCCGAAGGCUUUUCCAGACACUCCCCUGGUCGGAGAUGAUGUCAGGCUGGAAUGUGUGGCAUAUGGAUAUCCAGUACCUUCUUAUAAUUGGACCAGAACAGGGUCUACGAAUCGAUUGCCAGAAGGUGCCCGGCUGGAGAAUUACAAUCGUGUUCUCAAAAUUCCGGCAAUAAAAGUCGAAGAUAUGGGCGAUUAUAUCUGUACGGCUUACAACUAUGUAGAAUCCAUCAGAAAAUCGACGCCAUUAAGGAUACAAGCUUAUCCUUCAUUUACUGUGUACUUGGAUGAUAAAAUAAUGGAUGCAAGCUCGUCGUUAACUUGGACCUGCGAGGCAUUUGGCAUUCCAGACGUAAAAUAUUCCUGGUACAAAAAUGGAGAAGAAUUGAAUAUAAGAACUUUAAAACCGGGAGACGUGAAUCGUUACAGGAUUUAUGAAAAUAUUUUAAGAAUUGAUCAAGUAUAUGAAAGAGAUCAAGGCAUGUAUCAGUGCAAAGCAACGAAUCAACUGGGUUCUGCCUAUUCUUCAGGACAAUUAAAAAUUUUAUCGCUUGCUCCGUCAUUCGAAAAAUAUCCACUAGAAACUGAAAUGUAUGCAGCCGAGGGUGGGAAUUUUACGAUUCCAUGUCGUCCUGAAGCUGCACCUUUUCCCACCUUUGAAUGGAGGCGCGACAAUCAAAUAUUAACUAGCGGAAGAUACCAAAUUCUAGAUAAUGGUUAUCUUUAUAUUGGCUCUGUGAGUCUUUUAGAUGAAGGAAUGUACACUUGUAUUGCAAAGAAUUCACAUGGAAAUGCACGAAGCAGUGGAAACUUAAUAGUUCUUUCUUUUCCAUCAUUACGAGAAUCCCCCACUUCCAAGUUGGCGGCAGUCGUAAACAGUGAUUUGACUCUUAAAUGCGAAGCUCGUACGAAUCUGUUAUUAGAUGUUGCUUACGUUUGGCUCCAAAAUGGUUUAAGAAUUGACUUUUUGAAACAGCAACAGUAUUCCGUGGGUGAAAAUUUAGGUUAUUUGAACAUCCAUAACAUCAGUUUUGCAGAGGCCGGUGCUUACACUUGCAUCGUUAAAACUUCGGUCGGUCGUAUAAACACCUCGACGGAGUUAAUUGUUAUCGGUCCACCUGGUGCACCUGGUGCAGUAUUAGCUGAAGAAUUGAAUAAUACAUCCGGAGUCGUUCACUGGAGCGAUGGUGCUGAUAACGGACGUCGCAUUUAUAGAUACAUUGUCGAAGGUUAUACUGAACACAAUAAAACUUGGGUCGUUUUGACGAACGUGUCGAUAGACAGAACGCUAGUAAACAGAGAAAACGGUAGACGAAAGCUGCAACUCAUUGGUGUUCUGUCACCGUGGAGUACAUAUCAUUUCCGUGUGUCAGCCAUGAAUGAAUUUGGGCAGGGAUCUCCGAGCAAAGAAAGUCCGGCAUAUAACACCGCUAACGACAUACCUUACGUCGCACCUCUUAAUGUCGGAGGAGGAGGAGGAAAAGUCGGAAGUCUUACAAUUACUUGGGAUCCUAUUCCACCUAAAGACUGGAAUGCUCCAAAUAUUUGGUAUAAAAUAUAUUAUAAAAAAUUAGAAGAAAAUGUUGAGUACUACAAGAAAGACUUAAAACAAUAUGGAAAUAUUGGAAUGUAUACUGUGAAUGUCGGGGAAGAAAAUUAUUAUUUGGAAUAUACAGUAAGAGUACAAGCCAUUAAUGAUGUCGGACCGGGACCAAUUAGUGAUGAAGUUGUCAUAUUUUCUGCCGAGAAAAUGCCUCAAGUUCAGCCAUCUCAAGUCAAAGCAUUGCCAUUUAACUCUACUGCACUUAAUGUUUCUUGGGAACCACUCGAUUUAACUAGAGAAAAAAUAAGAGGAAAACUUUCGGGACACAGAAUUAAAUACUGGAAGAAGGAUGAUAAUCCCGAAACAGAUUCUUUAAUAUUAUUGAACCGUGGCAUGACUCCUUGGGGUCUCAUCGUAGGAUUACAGCCGAAUACAGAGUACUGGGUGGCCGUCAUGGCUUAUAAUGAUGCAGGUAGCGGAAUAGAAAGCGAAAAGUUUUUGGCUCGAACGUACAAAGCUGCGCCUUUAAGACCUCCUACAAAUGUUGAAGUCAAAGCAGUUUCUCCUACCGUGGUAGCUGUUAAGUGGAGAGGUAUUCUCACCUCUACGGAAGAAGAACCGAUUAUGGGAUAUAAGGUUCGUUACUGGGAGGCCGAUAGAGAUCUAACGACCGCCAAAGAAGUUGUGAGAUAUUUAGAUGGGGAAGAUUUAGAAACCGUUGUUCCAAAUCUCGUUUCCGGAAAAACUUAUAAAUUGAGAGUUUUGGCAUUUAGUUUGGGUGGCGAUGGGAAAAUGUCUUCACCGCCAUGGGAAUUUUAUGUUGCUGAUGGAAUAGCACAGUCUUAUUUAGGCAGAAGAGCAGGAGCAGAAAGGCCAAAUUUAGAAUUUUUUAUCUUGUUUACAAUCGUUUUGACCAAAUAUUUUAUAAUUAACUCAUAGUUUUGGUUUAUGCGAAGAAUGCAUAAUAGACGCAGAUUUAGUAUCGAAAAAUACUUUUUCAAAGUCAUGCUGUGAUCAUGAAACAAAACAUGUCAUCGAACAAUUCAUUCGGGUAAUGAUUCCCUCUAAACUUAGAAGAGACGGACUAGAAAUGGACAUUCCAUUUAAAGAAUCUCUAUAAUAACACAGUCACUUUUCCUCAAAACAAAUCUUUUGUUUUGGAACUUUUGAUCGGUAAAAACGUGUCGUACGUAUGUUGUUAUUUUUUAAUAGAGAAAGUUAUUUUAUAUUGUGGUGUAGAUAUUUUAGGGAUAUUUUGUUUAUAUGUGUUUUUUUUUUAUACAAUAUUUUUAUUUCUAACUGUAAAUCGAUAGAUGUCAUAUUUAUGCCUUAAGCAGUGCACUUCUUUAUGAACAUUCCGUCCAAACUCUUUAACACGAUCUGAAAUUGCUCAGUUAAAUGCAACCUUCCACUUCGAGAAAUAACAAAAGUAUUGUUAAUGAAACAAAUCAUAUUUUCUUGACUUCUUAUAGAAAAGUUUUUCUUUUUUUAUAUGUUUAUUAUUGAAACUUUAUAAUAAAAAUAACUUAAGAUAAAUGUUACCUCUUGUUCUCUCUGUUGCAUUAAGAUUUUAAAGUAUCGUUAAUCCAGAACUUAUACAAACAUCUCAAAGCCCAACAUAUUAAUAAUAUGCCAAAUGAUUACAGGAUUAAAUUGUGUUACUUCUCCUCAUUUAUUUUUAAUUAGUUUUUAAAUAAUUUGUCACCAGAUGCAGGCAUUAGGUACCAUUUCUUAUUAAAUUUAAUAAGAGACGUUGCAUAACACCUGCCUCUCCUGAUGUACAAGUAUGUUAGAAGGUAAUAUUUCCUAACCCACAACUGUGUCGUUAAUUAAUAUCUUUAUACACAAUACUUGUAUUAUGGAUAAAAAAUUACCCAAAUACCAAAUAUUAACUUGAAGCUUGAAUAAAAUAUUGAAAAUGUACUUCAGAACAAUCUUAACUUUCUGAAUUUUUCUUCCGGUAUUCAUUCAAAGCACACAUUCUUCUUUCUAAACACUUUAAAAUACAUCUUAACCAUUGUUUUGAUGUAUGAACGCUUAUGAGAAUGGAAAAACACUUCUCGUUUUAAUCCUACAAAGUACGAACUGACCUUUACUGUUAAUAUUAAGAAAUUAUUUGUAGAAAUUAAAUGCUCGAUUCUAGUAUUUAAGAAUGAAUUACAUGAGUUAACAAUAUAAGCAAACAAGAAUAACUACAUUAAUGCUGUUAUAAUAUGAAUAUGUUUACACUCAAGUAGUUGCCAAUGUGAGUUCUGCUUGGUGAUAAAAGAAUAGUGAAUUGAAGUCGACGCGCUCAUGUACAACUUAUAAAGAACAAGCAAUUAUUAUAAGCAAGAUCUAUAAGUGAAAAGUGAUUAAGAAAAUAAUUUUUUCAUUCAAGUAGUGUCAGAACAUUAGGAAGAAUUGUUUUGAGUGGAUGCCGAAGAGGCAUAUGGUAAUAUAUAAAUCUAAAUUAUCCUUGAGGAUUUAUUUAUUUAUUAUUUGUUUCCGUACAAUCUGAAAGAACAGUUCUCGGAAAACGUUCUUCUGCGGCCGUGUGUCGGUUAUGAAAGCAAUUUGUGGCUGCAUCCGUAUGAAAACGUAAUGAGGAUUUUCUAUGGUAGCAUUUGUGUUCCUUUGUGUUUAGGAUUUUAUUAUCUGAGAUAAACUUCUGUUGAAAAUUGUGAAAUGGAGAAUAUUUUGAUGCUUAUUCGGUCAGAAGCUACAGAAUCGUCACCUUAGUGAUUGCAACCCCAAUCUAAAGCCUGUAACAUGGUGUAAUACAGUGCUUUGCUGCAGUUAACUGAAAUUGCACAUGAAGCAUUGCUGACUUCUGUCUAUUGUUACAUUGUUAUUUCUGAUAAUCAUGACAACUAUAUUUAAUUAGUAUAUACUUGCAUGUAAUUAACACUUAAUUGAAAUCAGAUUUAGAACAAUUGUAAACAUUUACAUAC